AUGGUUUCUUCAAAAGCUUAUUCAGAGAGUCUUUCGCAUCGUUACUUGCCAAAUUCAAAUACAAUUGAUGGAGAAUACACAGACGCAAAGAAAGCAAAAUUCUUCAUGUGGGAGGGAGAAAAUCCUGUCGCUCCGGUAGAAUCUGAAGCGCAGAAGCCAAAUUACUCAAAAUUACUUUCAAAUUACAACGAAGAACAAAGAUCUGGGAAAGUCCCUUACGUAUUUGACUAUAUCCCGUCAAUGUUCUUGAAAAGCCCGUCUCUGCAGAAAUCCUAUAACGACUUUGCGAUAAAGCACGGCAGUGGAUUACGGAAGCAAACGAAGGGGACAGUUCUGCUGACGUACUACCGUUCCGGGUCAAGUUUUCUUGGACAGCUUUUCAAUCAACAUCCUGAUGUGUUUUACCACUUUGAGCCGCUCUUUCCGUACUCGAGGGAUUGUUCGUCUGAUUCUCCUGCUUUCAAGAAAGAGAAAAUCGAAAAUCUUGAGAGAAUACUGUCAUGUGACAUGCCGAACAUGCGAAAUCUCACCCAAAAGAUUCAACACUUCAACCCAAACCUUUACAACUCAAGGCUCUGCCUCUUGACUGGUGCAUGUUUUCGUUUCAACUCCCUUAGUCUUUGCGAUCCGCGGCUGUGCCCGCCAAUGCCCGGUGGAGAAUUGAAAUGCUCGAGUUGUGGGCCUCUAAAUUUGGAACUGACGGACGACCUCUGCAGGGAGAAAGAAAUGACGGUUGUGAAAACGAUUCGAAUAUGCAACGGGUCCUGGCUAGACUCGAUUUCUAAGUCAAUGUCUCUCAAAGUCGUCCAUCUCAUUCGCGACCCGCGAGCCAUCGCCAAGUCCAGACUAUCAAUCCCUGACGACCCAAUUACAGAAGCAGAGAUCGUCAAAAAUGUUACUGACUUGUGCAAACAACAGAUGCUGACCUAUGAAAAAUACUUUGGAAGCGAUGACUACUCAACGGUUCUUUAUGAAGACCUGAAUCGAUUGCCGUUUGAAAAGGCUCAAGAAAUUUAUGAUUUCGUCGGUUUGACCUUUCAUCCGAAAGUGAAAGGCUGGAUCCGACAAAAUACAGGCGCUUCAAGGGUACGGCGAGAAUCUCUCGAUCUCAAAGAUUUCCACGUCGCAAAACGAACCAUGAUCGAUGACAAAGAGGUGAUUCUGUACGAAGACAACGCUGGACAUAACUACACGAAAACGAAGUUCAAGGUCAAAGAAACUCAAGAUAUGCUCCUUCAAAACAGCAUGCCCGACAUGUCGAAAAUAAUCGUCGAAGAAGUCAACUCACCCGACAGAAAGAGGACCGUCGUCCACAAUCAAAUUCUCGAAGCGAGAAAUCCCUUUGGCACGUAUAGAAACUCGGCGACGGUUUUGGAGACAUGGCCAAGCAAACUCCCGUUUGAGAUAGUUGACGGGAUUCAGAAGGGAUGUAGUGAGCUUAUGGAAGAAUUCGGUUACAAGUUUGUACGAUCAAAAGAAGAAUAUGAAGAUAAGAGUACCUCGUACCUGCCUGAACUUCAGUGA